CCGGCCGCACUGGAGCGGGGCCGCCAUGGAGCCGCUCGUCACUAUGGAGCCGCGGCAGCUCCGCUGGGACACGCUGGCCGCUCUGCGCGCCUCCAGCAAGGGCAGGCUGAGGUACUGCCCGCACUGGCUGCAGGAUGAGGAUAUCUUGGAAGGAUGUUUGACUCCUCUUGAGCUGUCCCCUUAUUCCGGCUGGGUCUUGGACAGAGUGACUGCACAAUCAGACCAAGAAAUGGCACCCUCUGGAAGUUCAACACCUGAAGAAUCCACUCCUGUCACAAAACGGUCAUCUCUGGAGAUCACCUCUGCUGGCAAACAGGGCCUUUCACCACUUUCGUCUACAGCACCAAGUGAAACAAAGGGAAAUGAUGACCGCAGUCUGCUGGAAACGGAUCAAGAGUUCUACCGAGCAGUUCUUCCAUCUAAAGUUACAGAAGUCGAAGGCUGUAUCCAGAUGUAUGAGGAGAUGCACAGGCUGAAAGGAAAGGAGGGGCUGAGGCAACGGCAGGAGCAGCAAGAGCAGAUGGUGAGGGCAGUGUAUGACCUGGCCAGUGAACAACUGAAGCGCUUUGAUGAACUGAAGGAGCUAAAGCAGCAUCAGGAAUUCCAAGAUUUGCAAGAAAUAAUGGAGAAGAGCUCAAAGGAGGCUCAAGGACAGCAAGAGAAGUUGAAGGAAGAACAUCGCCACAGAGCAAAGGUAUUAAACCUCAAACUGCGUGAGGCAGAGCAGCAGAGGCAGCGUCAGGAGGAGCUGGAGCGUCAGCGUAAGGAAGAGGGCCAGGAAAGAUUGCGUCGCCUUUAUUCCAUCCAGGAGGAAGUGCUGCAGCUUAACCAGCAGAUUGAUCCCAAUUACAAACACAAAGACUUGCCAAGAAUUGAUCUUUCUGCAUACAGUAAUCGUGGCAACCAGAUCUGUGGGCUGGUGUCAGGACUCAUCCGCACCACAAGUGAGAAAGGUUUCCCUACUCAAGCAGAUGUGGCCAAUACUGAACGAGCGCUGCAGGAGAUGCGAGGGUUGAUAUCCAGCAUGCAGCAAGAAAUUGCUGCAGCUGUGGAAGAAAAAAGGAGGAGAGAUGAAGAGGAAGCAAAACAAAAGCAGAAAGAGUUACUGAACAAAGGGCAGAUGAAUGCUCAGACUCCUGCCCCUGCACAGCAGGCUGGGGGAAAGCAGCAGAAGGAAGGACUUCAAGUUAAGGCAGAAGAAAGUACCAUGCAGUGGUACCAGCAGCUUCAAGAUGCUGCUGAGCAGUGUGUUGCUGCUUUCAGUGAACUCAACAACUGCAAAGACAACAGUGAGGUUAAGAAGAUAAAAACAGACUUGCAGAAAGCAGCUACGAUCCCUGUGAGCCAGAUCUCUAGAAUUGCAGGCUCUCAGCUGAGAGAGGUAUUUGACAAGAUCAAUAACCUGCUCUCUGGGAAGACUGUUCAGACUGGAGGGAGAUCUGUAUCAGUGACUCAGCAUCCACAGGGGCUGGAUUUUGUUUAUUACAAACUUGCGGGGAAAUUUGUGAGUCAAGGAGAAGAAGAAGUAUCUUCUCACCGUGACGCAGCUUUCCCAAUUGCUGUGGUGGCCUCAGGAAUCUGGGAAAUGCACCCUCGAGUUGGAGACCUCUUUUUAGCUCAUCUGCACAAAAAGUGCCCCUAUGCUGUGCCCUUUUACCCUGCAUUGAAAGAGGGGACUUCUAUGGAAGAAUAUCAGAAGAUGCUUGGAUAUCAAGUUAACGAUUCUAAGGUGGAAGAGCAAGAUCGUUUUCUUAAACGGAUGUCAGGACUGAUUUGUCUUUAUGCUGCUAUUAUUCAGGUCCAGUGGCCUCAUGGAAACAAACAAGGGCCACAUCCUCAUGGGCUAUACCACGGAUGGCGCUGGCUUGCUCAGAUGUUGAACAUGGAGCCUCUGGCAGAUGUGACAGCUACACUUCUUUAUGAUUUUCUGGAGGUUUGUGGCAAUGCUCUCAUGCAACAGUAUCAGGUUCAGUUCUGGAAAAUUAUGUUGCUUAUCCGAGACGACUAUUGCCCAAGAAUUGAAGCCAUUACCAGCUCUAGAGAGAUGGGCUCUUUGACGCGUCUCAGGCAGUUCUUGGAGGAAUGUCUCCAGAAGAAGGAGGUUCCGUUACCAAAGGGCGCUCUGCAGUCUUCCUUUUGGAGAUCAUAAAUCAGAUUAUGUUUAUUUCCCCCUGGAUGUCGGUGCUUUCAGACCUGGCUUCCUGUUUAUAAGUAAAGGCAGAAUUAUUCUGUAUACAGAGGAAUGAGGAGGAAAUAUUCCAUCAACCUUCAUCAAGACUUACUUCAUCAAAACUUGUGUUUCAUUUGUUGCAAAAAAAUUGGAAAUUCUUUGUUUUUUGGCAAGGUUUUGUAUGGCAAAUUAUGGAAAAUUGAGGAGUCUUUGUUCAUAUGUUUAAACAAGUGGAAGAUGUUUUAAGUAGAGUAUCCUGAUGACCUCUGGGCUUCAGAGAUAAAAGACCCUGAAAAUUGGCACAGUGCUGUUCUGAUGAUGGAAGUGAAAAUACCUCACAGCUUUAUGAACUCCUAACGGAGUAAUCAGCCUCAAAAUUACUGUUAGAACUUAAUUUUUGUAUUUAUUAUGUCUUGUCUUUUAUGAUUCAGUUUUGAUUAUGCUGAUGUACUUGUAUCAUGUUUGUCUUGACCACAUCCUAAAACUACAGUGAGAUUGAAGGCAUUUGGCCUGGCAGUACUGACACCUCUCUUGAAUGUAACUUCACCCCAAGAGGGAUUACUCCUGAUUUAAGAGAGGCAGACUUAUGGUUUUAAAAAGUCUGAAUGUACAAUGGUAACUUCAUGGGGGAAGAGCAGAGUUCCUGAAACAACACAAAUUCUGUGCCUGUUAUUCAUCAGGCGGAUGGAAGCUAAGAAGUGCUUUUCUUAUUUUAAAAGGUGGAGAAAUGGUGCAUUCACUCCAGCACUUAGGCUGAUGUUCUGCCAUCAUUUGUGGGGGAUGUGGCAUGCUUGGGUUCCCUAAGGUACAUUUUAUAAGGGUUCUCUAUGUAAAUUAAUUUCUUCCUUAUUAAUAAUAAUAGUAUUUUUUGUACUGUAAUACUUUUGUACCAAUAGCUCAUUGUAGAAAUGUUUGAAUUAAUAUUAAAGUUUGGUUUUUCCUUUUAA